AAUAAAUAUGAAGCAGGUGAAAAACUCUAAAGCCUCCAAAUCUCAGUACAGACGGAAGAACAAUAGGUUGUUCAGUAGGAAAAAGUUGUUGCUCGGUUCUCUAAGAGAUCCUGAAAGAUCAUGUUAUCCAAAAGACCACAGAAAUGACAAGAGCUUCCCUCAAAUGGUGGAGACAAACAACUGGAUCAGUGGAAAGACGAAAUCUAUCUACAAAAUGCCGCCUCUGGUUGUCAGUGCGACAUCCUGGAUUGCUGUAGCGGUUGAUAACAAGAAGUCGCUACUAGAAAAGCCGUUUAAUACCCCUAAUCUCCGAUCCAAAUUCAAGAUUUCAACUGAAGACAACACUUCCCUGGAUACGUCCGAAGAGCAUUUUAAGAGUCACAACAAAAAUGAAGAUUUUAUAUUUGAAGAGAGAAAUUAUUUCAACCUGAGCAACAAUUGUCACGAACAAAGAGAGAUUGCAUCCCUGACUAAGAUUAUGACCUGAUAUACUAUACUGAAGCUUGUUGAGAAGUAUAACAUUAACAAAACUGAGGAAUUAGUCACUAUUUCAGGUACAGCUUCAAUGAUAGGUGGCACUUCGGCUCUUCUCAAAACUAAUGAGGUACUAAGUGUUUGGGACCUCCUACAUGGCUUGAUGUUACCAAGCGGUAAUGAUGCUGCCUAUGCUCUUGCAGAACACUUCGGAGGAAUGUUACAAAAGAAAUCCAUACCCAAGAAGUCAACUAUGUUUUACAACAUUACUGAGCAAAGUUCAAACUGUAACCAGACUGUUUUUCAUAAAAGUAGUUCGUCAUUCAGUGAAGAAAGUAAAGAUGGAGAUAAUUCUCCAACAGAGCCCAGUACUCCUGUUUCUUACUUUAAGGGAAACCCUAGGGUACACAAAUUUAUCCAGGAGAUGAAUAGAAACGCAAGGAAGCUCAGAAUGAUGGAUACAAACUUUGACUCUCCUCAUGGCUUGCCUAACAAAUACAAUAAGUCAACUGCUUAUGAUAUUGCCAAAUUAUGCAUGGAGGCUACUAAAAUCGAAGAUUUCAAUACCAUAACUAAGUGCAAGAUUUAUCAAUGUAACAGCAAGAAGAAGCGUGCUAUCAGAAAAAUCAAGCAUCCAAAGAACAAGUGUGCGAACUACAGAUGGACUAAUACGAAUAAGUUACUCUCGAAAGGAUACUGAGGAAUCAAAACAGGGAUCACCACUGCUGCUGGGCCUUGACUUGCAGCUCUUUUAAGCAAGAAAAACAAGUCAUACAUUGUUGUACUCCUUAAUUCAAGAUCUCUGGAUUCUAGAUGGGAGGAAAUCAGACAAAUAGUUGACCACUGUCAAUAUGAAGGAUCUCAGUUCAAAAAGGAUUUUAAAUCAAGUCCUUCAAGAAGCUCGUAUCCCCUUAGCCAGUUCAAACAGAAGAAGUCUGUAUCAUUCUACAGAUCCAGGUAUGAUGAGAGCUCCAUUUACUUAAGGGAGCCUAAAUUUGAUAAGCAGAAGAAACACGAAGACCUUCUGCUACCUUCAAUCGAUCUUAAAUAAAAUUCCCAAACCUUAUA